AUGCUUCCUAAUCUUCCAGGAUACUCCUUCAGGAACCAUCAUAAAACAGAUUUUAGAAAGCCACAGACAUUUCAGAUCACCGCUGGAUUGAUGGGUCAAAGAACUCAAAGACCAGAAGAUAUGGAAAAGACUAUUACUGAAAGAUCAAUAAAUAUCACAACUACAGCUCCACCAACACAACCAUCUGAGACAUUCCCAGAUUAUGUUCCAGCACAUGUUGCUUAUGAGCAUUUAGUUCUUAGAUUUUAUGCAUACUUCCGUGAAAAUAUCUCAGAAUCUGCAGAAGAAACAUACAGAGUACGUUAUGUCAAGAUUAUGGUUUACCUCGAAGAUGACACCGUCAUGAUUGAGGAAAACCACGUUCGUAACAGUGGAAUUGCACAAGGCGUUUUACUUAGAAGAAUGCCAGUUCUUAAUCCAUUGUAUCAGGACAAGGGUGUUACAUACACUAAUCUUGAUUUCAAGGUCGGUAUCAAUAUCGAAAUUUUCGGAAUUGUUUAUAGAAUUUACGCUUGCGACCAAUUCACAGAGCAGUACUUCCAGUCCGAAGGCCGCGACAUUGGCGAGUUCGAAACACCACCAGACGACUUAUACACAAUCAAGCGUACGCUUACAGAAAGGCCAAUUCGUGUAUCUCACGUACAAGUCGAUAAGACUAAUCUUAAGCGCUUCCUUGAAUUCGAUCAGAAGGUUCUUCGCUUCUACACCAUCUGGGAUGACCGCAAAUCUCUUUUCGGCGAACGCAGAAAAUUCGUGCUCAAUUACUUCCUCGUCGAUGGACGUAUCGAAAUCAGACAAGUACUUCCACAGAACUCCGGCCGCGACCCAGUUUCGAACUUCCUCCGCAAGACUCUUCUUACAAAUCCAAAAACUGGACAACCAUAUACAGAUGCAGACCUCAUGAUCGGCGAAACAGUCAAUGCUUUCAACCGCAACUUCUUCAUCUACGACGCAGACAAAUUCACCCGCGAAUGGCUCGAUAACAAAUACGGCAUUCACGAUUGGACUCCAAUCAACGUCGAAGAGAAGGCUAAGUACUCUGGAAUCAAACAAGACGUUCCACCUUACAACGGAUGGGGAGACGAAGAGGAUUCCCUUGGUUAUUGCAAUUCUUUGCAUCCAAAGCCACCGCGCAAAGAUAUCAAGAAGCUCAUCGAGAAGGAUGGCCAGUUACUCAGAUUCGCAGCUCAUUUCAAGAACCCAGCCUUCCAGGACAAGAACAGAAAAUUCGUUAUUUCGUAUUAUCUUGCAGACGAUACAGUUGGCAUUUUCGAAGCUCCACAGAGAAACUCUGGCUUUGGCGAAGGCAAGUUCUUGCAGAGAACAAGGAUAAAGAACCCAGAAACUGGAAAAUAUUACACAGCUGCAGAUUUCGCUCUCGGAAAGGAAGUUACGAUCAACAAAUAUACAUUCAUCUUAGAAGAAGCCGAUGAAUUCGCUCUCAACUACAUGGAAGCAGGAGCUGAAGAAUUCCCACAAUCAGAUUUAUUCGGAAUUGUAACAACAAUCAAACAGACACCUACAGUUAAUUUCAACGAUGUCAAGUCACAGUUCGAAGCUAAGGAUCCAGAAUUACAUGGUUACGUUGCAGAAAAGGAUGCAAAGGAAAUCCUUAUGAAACUUGGAUUACAGGAACACCAGGUUGUUACAAUCUUAAGAAGAUGGACAGAUCAGAAGCUUUUCGAUUACUUUGGAUUUGCUUCUGCCUGCGCAUAA